AGCCUAUGUAUUGUAUAUAUAAUAGAAAAGUCUUAAGAAUAUAGAUGUCAAGCAUGGCACACAAACAAGGUGACACUCAAACAACUGAGGCUCAAGAGUUAAAUGAUAAAAAUGAACAGAUAUUGCUUGAGCCCUACAAGUACAUUUGUCAGAUUCCUGGUAAACAGAUCAGAACCAAGUUAUCUGCUGCCUUCAACCAUUGGCUGAGAAUUCCUGAGGAAAAAAUGAUCAUAGUUUCAGAAGUAAUCCAAAUGCUUCAUAAUGCAAGUUUAAUAAUAGAUGACAUAGAAGACAGUUCUAAACUAAGACGUGGUAUUCCAGUAACACAUUCCAUUUUUGGUGUUCCCCAAACAAUCAACACAGCCAACUAUGUCUACUUUUUAGCUCUUGAAAAACUCUUCAGUUUAGGAAAACUUGAAGAGACAACUCGAGUGUUUACAGAAAGUCUUUUAGAGCUUCAUAGAGGUCAAGGAAUGGACAUUUAUUGGAGAGAUUCAGUGGUGUGUCCAACAGAGGAAGAUUAUAAACUCAUGGUUAUAAGAAAAACUGGUGGUUUAUUUGGUUUAGCUGUGGAGCUAAUGCAGUUAUUUAGUAGUAAUAAAAGUAACUUUAAACCACUACUAGACCUUUUAGGACUGUAUUUCCAAAUUCGAGAUGAUUAUGCUAAUCUAUGCUCAAAAGAGUAUGAGACCAACAAAAGCUACUGUGAAGAUAUAACAGAAGGAAAGUUUUCAUUUCCUCUCAUCCAUGCCAUUAAAGCUAACCCAGCGGACAACCAAGUGAUGAGUAUUUUAAGACAAAGAACAACAGAUAUUGAUGUAAAAAGAUAUUGUGUACAGUAUUUAGAAAAAGUUGGAAGCUUUGAUUACACAAGACAAGUAUUAGAGACACUAGAAAAAGACUUGUUGAGCGAGAUAGCAUCACUAGGAGGCAACCCUAUCCUUGAAGCUUUAGUCAUAGAACUCAGGAAGAUCUACAGUGGAUCCAAAGCCAGCAGCAACUGAUAUCUUACUGCUCAUCCUAAGUACCAGGAACUUUUAAAAAAAUUUAAACUCUAGUUUAAUUUUAAACUAGUUAACAAAUGUAUUUUAAUGGCUUAUGUUAUGCUGUUUUUUUUUUUUUUUAACAAAUAAUUCAAUCUUAUUUACCUGGAUGAAGUUGUAACCACACUGUUUAUUUAAUUGUUGCAAGAGGUUAUCCAUUUAUGACUUCCACAUUGAGGUGAAGGCCCACAUGUUCCAUUUAACAUGAAAAUAUUUGUAUGUUACAAUAAAUGUGAGAAAAAUGUAAACUGCUUACAAAAUAUCUUUAAAUAGAAUUUAGCACAGCGGGUAAUUAAACCAUGAAAUCUGUUUAUAAAUUAUUGCCCCUUCUGUUAGCAAGAGAUGAACAGAUGUAAGGAUUCAUAAACCUAAUGUGGCAUUAUAAUAAUAUUAACUAUAAUGCAGGGUAAAACUGCAGAAAAUGAAUCUUUUAAAACUUUUCUUUCUAUACAAAAAUUAAUAAUUUGAACCUCUGCAACUUGUUA